UCGGCUAUCAAGUGCAACUUAAAUCACACUAUUUCGUAGAGUAAUUGUACAACCAGAGAGCAGAGCACGCCAGCAGCACUAACUGAGAUUAUCUAAUCUCUGUAAAAAGUUAAAAGUGAAAUCAGCUGUUCGCGCACACAUACACACGCAAAUCUGCGUUUGACAUUUCUUACACACACACUCUCCCUUACACAUAUUAAACUGGCGGCGGGUGAAGGCAAAAGUGGCUUCAAUUAUUCGACAAUGCUUAAGUUUUUGCUGACAUUUGGAGCCGGAAUUUACACGGGCAUCUACAUAUCUCAAAACUAUGAGGUGCCCCGUGUCGAUGACCCCCAAAAGCUGGUCCAGCGAAUGAACGAAAAGAUACGAGAGCUAAUUGACGACAACAAGAAAAAGUCGGCCGCUGAACAGAUCGUUCAUGACAUCAAAAAGGAGGCCAAGAAGAUCUUGGAUGAUUGAAAAAUGCCAUGUUAGGGUUUUAAUUUAAACAAAUGUAUCUACUAUGAUCAAAUAAAGUGACGUUCAAUGUA